AUGCGCCAAGCCACUCACGAGUGCCCCGCCCGACAACAAAGGCUUCUCGUAAAGAUCCAAGGGUACAACUUCACCAUUGAACACCACCCAGGAACAGAGAUAAUCAUUUCUGAUACGCUCAGCAGAUUGCCUAAUCCACUGCGCACAGAAAAUGUGUCACUUGAUGUCCAUGUAGAGUGUGUACUACUGGAUGAAGUUGAGGACAUGUUGGGCAUUGAUUUACUCCAUUUUGGGAACCUCAAGCAACAAGCUCUACAGAAAGAGACCACCCAAGAUCCUGUUCUGCAGAAAGUGAAAGAAUUUACCCACACUGGUUGGCCCGCAAUCAUUCAGGAGCUGCCGAACGAAUUACGCCCGUACCGGCCGUUUCGUGAUAAACUAGGCAUGUCAAAUGGGGUUAUCUUCAAGGGCAGACAAGUGAUUGUGCCUCAAUCCAUGAGAACGGACAUUCUGCAGCAACUGCAUAGUGGGCAUCCAAUCAUCGAGAAGAUGAGACUUCUGGCACGCCAGUCUGUUUACUGGCCAAACAUCAAUCGUAACAUUGAUGAACUUGUCAGGAAAUGCAAACAGUGCCAAGAGCACAUGCCUCAUCAGAGAAGGGAACCACUUAUCCCUCAUGAAAUCCCCAUUACGCUAUGGACCAAAAUUGGUAUGGAUCUGUUUGAGUUGGACAGGGUACAAUACCUUAUAAUGGUGGAUUACCAUUCAAAAUUUCCAGUUGUACACCGAUUGGCUUCGACGACCAGCUCAAGUGUGGCUAAUGCAAUAACUGGAAUAUUCAGCCUUCUGGGAUCUCCCACAGAGGUGAUGUCAAACAAUGGCCCACAGUUUGUUAGUGCAGCGUUUCAGCAGAUGUGCAAAGAAUGGGGAAUAACGCACACUACUUCCUCACCACGAUACCCCCAGUCGAAUGGUCUGGUGGAGAGAAUGGUCCAAACAGUAAAAAGGAAUCAUAAGAAAGACAGGCAACAGGAGAAAGCUCAGCAGCUGCUCUACUGA